GUUCUCGUUCAUGACAUCAGUGUUUGCAGAAGAGUCGCUGCUGCACUGAGGGACGGAGCACUUAACCCCGGCGUCUCUGUUCUUUGUUAGUUUGCGCAGAGUAAUUCGCCUAAAAUCUGGGAUAUAUCAUCAAAUACUGCCGAGACAUUACCUGCUGGUUUAUUACCACAGGAUUUCGGUGUGAAGAACUGAAGCACAUUUGAUCCUGAAAAGCUGAGAUUGAGGGAAUCAUGCAGAAGACACAGAGUGAAGGUGUUUGGGCUGAUGAAGCGCCACAGAGACUGUCCUGGAGCGGCCUGGUGCAGAAACUCAGCAGCAGUAACAGUAUAGACUCAGACUCUGAACACAGUGGCACAGACGAUGGCUCAGACACUGGUUCCGUGUCUCUUCCCGACUUGUCCGCUCUGGAUGCUGACGUGUUCUACGACCCGACGGAGGAGAGCCUCUGUAAAGAAGUAGUCCAACAGAUUGCUCUUAGCCUGAUUGAAGCAAAAGGUUGCACAUUGCACUGCUCAAAACUUCUCAUUCCCAACAAGCUGCUCGAACACAUAGGAAUGGAGCUGGUGCAGCUGGCAGCGAGCGAGCCCUGCGGCCUCCGGGGGGCGCUCAUUGAUCUGUGUGUGCAGGAGGGAGAGAACUUCCACAGCAUAGGCCAGAUUGCUGCUGACCCCUGUGUCGUCCCCACCUUCCAGCUCACGCUUGUCCUCAGGCCCGAGUCAGGAGGCCUCUGGCCAAAGAUCCAGGGCUUGUUUAUUACCAAAUCCUCAUCACCGCCUCUGAGGGCUGCCCUGAAACUCAGCACUGGCUUCCGAGUAAUCAAAAGAAAACUGUACAGCUCAGAAGAGCUGCUUAUCGAAGAAUGUUAAGCAACAAGGACCAAAUCUGGACAUUUCUGAGGCAUUCUGGCUCUGCAAGGUCACCGUUUUAGUGAUCCUAGAGCUGUCCUCAACCGAGGACUUCAGACAAUACUGUGUAUCGAUUGGCUUUAUAUUGACGAUAUUACCAGAUAUUGCAGGUCUCACUUUUAUCACCAGGGUGUUUAUACAAAAAAAAAAGAGCAUAGGGUACACAAAUGUAAUAGCAUCCUCAUCUUCACUGAUUGCUGUAUGUACGUUAUAGAUACUGCAUUCAUAUAUUGCACUUCUUUCAGGCAGUUCUCAAACCUGUCUGGUGCUGUUUUGUCGACUGCUUUUGAAAUGUUUACCUCACUCUUUAUUUUCUGAAAAUGACUGUGGCAGCUAUUUCAUUAACCUGAUUUACCUGUGUCAUGGAAGAGGUUUUUUGUGUGAUUUUUUUUUUUUGUUUUUAUCCAGCGAGCACCAUUUUUGUGAUCCAAGUUUGAUCUUUCGGUUAAAAUGGACUCUUCGCAUCUUAAUUGUUUUUAAACACUUAUCAUGCAUAUUCACUUGUGCAUCAUUUAUUUAUUUGAUAUUCAAAUACUGUUACGUUUUAUACGUGCAUUAAGGAAACACGGAAAAUAAAUUAUUUUUGAAGAAA